UUUGGAAUAUUAUUGAGAGCAAUUACAAAUUUGAUAAUUCCAGUUAAUAAGCCCAAUUAGCGAGAUUUUGAAUAAUUACCAAAUAUUAAUGCCAAAUUUGCCGGAGGAGGUUUUCCUGAUGGAUGGCGUUUCUGUACGGUCAGGCCGAUCAAUCAGGUCCGUACGGACGACGCACACUACCCACACAGCGACUACCACAUACACGAUCAACACUGUGAGUUCUUCUGCUGCUGGUUUUUCGGCGGUAUCAUCUCCCGUGUUGCCAGCUCCACCACAGCUGUCCAUGAACACGAGUUUAGAGACAUCCACUACGACAUCUUCUACAACACUAGCUCCAGGGCCACCAGUUCAAGGCUCUUCACUCCGUGCGAUCGCUAAUGCUACUCGAGUCAUGUCUUCCGAUCCAUCUUCGAUUCUCAGUGAUCCUGGAGAGACAGGACCAUUGAUUAAAUCGUUGGCAAUGGAUCUCAUACGGAAUGCAAGGGAAGAGGGUGUGGUGUUCAGGGAAUCUCGUCCUGCGCGUACGAAAGGUCAAAAGUUGAAGACAAAUAAUAUCCACCCAAUUAUGGAAGGUGUAAAUUCCCCAAUUAUAUCUGACGCCAGCGCAGCUUCGUUUGCAUCAUUUAGCACCGAUGGUGAUAAUGCAAGUAAUGCGAUUCCGCAUACUAGUGAUGCAGCGAAGAAGCUUUCUCGUGCGCUUGGGCUCGGCUCUGCAUUGGAGGUAAAUUCUAAACCGACUCGCGGCGGCGGGUUCAAAAAUACGGUCAGUUCCAUUGUCCCUCUACCUUCACCUUCCAUAUUCGGUGGGUUUUCCUGGCAAAGUACGACACGACCUCGGAAAGGAGGACCUGCUUCAGCAUCCAGUAACACUCCUGGAGGGACUAGUUCUGCUGGAGCUAUUGAUGACACAACCUCAGGGGGUAACAACAAAUCUUCUGCGCAGGACGGUGGUAUCAGUGCCGUUUCGCCCGUCUCUAGCGGGGGGAAAAAUCGAAUACCCAAUGCCCCCUCAGUCCCACUAGAGUCUAUCAUCCCAGCUAUUGCUAAGCCUCCAACACAGUACCUCUCGCGUACCUACACUCCACUGACAUCGAGGAAUUUUCGAUUCGACAUCAAUACUAUUAAUAAUGCUCAUACUAGCAUUGUCAGUCCUGGACCUGGGGGUGCUCCUGCUUCAGCAAGAAGGCUUUCAUUUCCUCUUCCCCCUAGCACACCCACUGGGUCUUCGUCUCCGUCUGGUUUGGUAUUGCUGACAGACCGAUAUGGGUUCAUGUAUGAUGUGUGUCAGUACGAUGUCCUUCUCCUCCUGAGGGCACGUCAUUGUAAAUGUACUGCUCCCGCUUGCUUAACAGGAGUUAAGAUAGCGGAUAGGGAAGAGGAUAACACGUGGCCUGAUUCGGAAGAAGAAGAUGAGGAUCAAGAUGGACAAGCAAAAAAGAGCAUUCAGAUUGUCAAGGAGGGUUGUGAGUGUAAUGGAGAUGGCAAUGGUCCAGACUCAGACAAAGAACCCAAGACGAUCGUAUCAAACGAGGGCGAUGUUGUAGACGAUGGGAAGAGUAUCAAGAGCAUUGCCACAACGCAGUCAUCUCUUGCAGGUUCGAAGAAAGGGUCAUUGAAAAACAAGUCCCGUUCAUCCUCUCAAAAAGGUCUUCCACAUGCAACAAACACCCCUUCUGGCUCCCCCCCAAUCCUUAUUGCGUCUUCCUUGACCAACUCCGCUGCAUCGAUCCUUGCUGUCAACGCAGAUACUCCGCGUCACGCAUGUCCUAACACCGUCCGACGGCUGCUCAAUGAUCUCACGUCUAUACAUGACCAGCGGCAGGAAGCUCAGAGAAAAGACUGGGACGCGUUUGUUAGGCAACGAAGUACCGCUAAAGCACGCUCACAACAGUCACAGGCAAUGAAGUCUGCUGCUGGGAAUAGUGCUAGUGGAAGUAACGGUGGAGGGGCUGUAAGUAGUGCCGCAGUAUUACUUGGGUUGGGUGUGAAAUCAUAUGAUGCCGGUGAAGAAGAUGAGCUUGAUCACAGUGAAGGUCUGAUUGGCUUUGCUCAAUUAGGUUUGCCCGCAAACAAGGAGGAGAGAAAAGAAUUUGCGAGGUUGGUGAGGAAGGGUAUUCCGUUGGUGUAUCGGAGCAAACUGUGGUUGGAGUGCAGUGGUGGGCUGGAAAUGCGCGAACCUGGGCUGUUUAGAGACUUGUUGGCAGAUGUUGCGAAGGACCUAGCGCAGGGCACUGGUGGUGGUGUUUUAGCAGAAAUUGAGAAAGACGUGGGGAGGACGAUGCCUUUGAACAUGUUCUUCGGUGGAGAUGGUCCUGGGGUGGAUAAGUUAAGAAGAGUGUUGACUGCAUACAGUUGUCGCAAUCCGGCAGUUGGUUAUUGUCAAGGCAUGAACCUCGUCACCUCAACCCUUCUUCUCGUUCAUGCUGACGAAGAAGAAGCUUUUUGGGUACUUUGUGCGUUAGUGGAGCGUAUUCUUCCAGAGGAAUUUUUCUCUCCGUCCUUGCUUCCCUCCAGAGCUUGUCCUCUUGUUCUACUAGAUUACGUACAGGAGUACACGCCCAAGCUCUCUGCACAUCUCAACAACCUUGGAGUAGAUCUGCCAGCGAUCUGCUUUUCUUGGUUCUUAUCACUCUUCACGGAUUGUCUUCCUAUUGAGACAUUGUUCCGCGUUUGGGAUGUCUUUCUAGUCGACGGUCUCGACGUCUUGUUCCGGGUCGCUCUAGCGAUUUUACGCUCUAACGAGUCGGAGCUGUUAGCUUGUCAAUCCAUUCCUGCUGUAUAUGUUGCGCUAGAGAAUCUGCCCACUAGGAUGUGGGAGGCUGAUAAGCUUCUGCAGUUUGAAGCUGAUCUCAGGAGCUCUGUCCUGCAUACUGACCUCGUGCAAAAGAGGGAAACACACGUCACUUCUCUUAAGCAAUUGCUAUCAUAAACGCUGCACUCGUCUGUCCAGUAUAUAUCAGGUAUGUAUAGUCGAAAGCAAAGAGACUGCUUUGUAAAAUGGCUUCACUAGUCGGACGAUCUCAACAUAUUUUUUUAAAUAAUGAGUCUGAGUGCUGUAGAAUAUCCCAAUAUUUACGGUGUAAUGGAUGAAUUCUUUGGUCCCCGGUCACUAGUAUAAUUAACAAGGUAUUCGCGGGUGAAGCUUGGGUGAAGGCUGAGUGAAGCUAGCCAAUACCAAGCUUUUUGGCGCCCAAAAACAAGGCGAAGGCGCU